GCAAACACAAAGUAUAAGGAUGAGGAAUUGGCUGGCUACCAUACAUCCAAGAUAAAGAGAAAAAAUUGCCAGAGAUAAAACACACACACAUAUCUCUCUAUCAUAUUCUUGUUACAACCAUGGCACUCAGGCUGUGGGCUUCUUCAACUGCAAAUGCACUCAAACUAUCUUCAGCAGCUUCUAGAACUCAUCACCUCCCUUCUCCCUUCUUUCUCUCCAGAUGCUUCUCUACCGUGUUGGAUGGACUCAAGUACGCAAACUCACAUGAAUGGGUCAAGCAUGAAGGCUCAGUGGCCACCAUUGGAAUCACUGACCAUGCUCAGGACCAUCUUGGAGAGGUUGUGUUUGUAGAUCUGCCUGAACCGGGUGGUUCAGUGAAACAAGGAGGUAGUUUUGGAGCGGUUGAGAGUGUGAAGGCAACUAGUGAUGUCAACUCUCCAAUCUCUGGUGAAAUCAUUGAGGUUAACGCUUCUCUCAAGGAAACCCCUGGCCUGAUAAACUCGAGCCCGUACGAAGGUGGAUGGAUGAUAAAAGUAAAGCCAACUAGUCCAGCUGAAUUGGAUUCCUUGCUGGGACCAAAGGAGUACACUAAAUUCUGCCAAGAAGAAGAUGCUGCACAUUGAAUAUCUUUUAAUAUGCAUUGGACUAACUGUUUUUUCACUAUCUUAUAUUAUCAUCAUCUUGUUAUUUUAAUGAACAACUGCUUUUUCCUUUCUUCUAAACUUUGAAUUUUGAAGCAGUUGUACAAUGUAAUGGAAUGAAAUUAUUUAUGCCAAGAACAAGUGUUAUAUGAA